ACAAGAUUGAAGAAAGCAAGUAAGCUACUUUCUCAUAUUUAAACUACUUUCUCAUAUUUCCUUUUUAAAAUGACAGAAGUCAGCCCUAGCAGAAUUUAUUAUGGGAAAUUAUUUGUGGCCAACAUGACAUUUGUACUUCCUGAAACAUCGGUGCUGCAGCCUAUGUGGGACUACCUCCUCGAUAACUACCAAUGCACCUUGAGGUCACCUCUUUUCCCUGUUCUACUGUCUGUGUCCACAUACCUCUUGCUGGUGGCACUCUUCACAGUGUUGGAUAUCUUAGCGACCACCUGCCCCAGCAUCAACAGGUAUAAGAUCCACCCGGAGAAUCUCAUCACUUGGGGGAAUAUCAGCAGAACCAUGAGCCUUACCACGUAUAACCAUCUGAUCUACAUCUUCCCAGCAGCAGUGGGGCAGUGGCUCUGGAGGCCCCCUAUUCCACUCCCCAAAGAAGCACCCAGUCUCUCUGAGUUCCUGCUGGGUAUCUUGGGCUGUACCAUCCUCUUUGAUUUCCAGUACUACCUGUGGCAUCUCCUGCACCACAAGAUUGGCUGGCUGUACCGGACUUUUCAUGCCAUUCAUCACCAGUAUAACGAGCCCUUCAGUCUGGUCACCCAGUACCUGUCCGCCUGGGAGCUCAUCACGGUGGGCUUCUGGACCACAGUGGACCCUGUACUCCUGCAAUGCCACUGCCUGACUGCAUGGGGCUUCAUGCUCUUCAACAUCUGGAUCUCCACUGAUGACCACUGCGGCUACGACUUCCCCUGGUCCCUCCACAACCUGGUCCCUUUUGGCCUGUGGGGAGGGUCGGUAAAGCACGAUGCCCACCAUCAAAAGCCAAACACUAACUUUGCCCCCUUCUUCUCCCACUGGGAUUGGUUAGGAGGGACCACAUCGUCCUUUGUCCAUUCGUAUGCUCUGAAGGGAAGGAAGAAGAAAGGAGACUAACCAUCCCUGACUGGCCUGCUCUUAAACACAGUCUGUCUUUCUACUAACUUGGCUUAUGUAUUGUGCUUUAAAGUUAAAACUUCAUGAAAAAUAAAGUGCCUUCUAGAAUUCUUGAAUGUAUUUUGACUGUGUAAUGGAAUCCACUCUUUGCUUUUUUUUUUUUAGAUGGAUUGGCUUUGUCCUACUAAUGUUGGUGGAUUUUAUGUUAUUUAUUAGAGCAUUUAUAUUAAACACUAUUUAGAGACCAACCUGCAAAACAAGAUAGAAAGAAAGCUUGA